CGCCGUUGACCUCCUUCUCCUCCAGCUGUCACCACUAUUCAUUCUCUUUCUCUCUCCUCCUAUCCAUUCUCGAGUUGCUGCUCUCUUUGUACCAUAUCUUCCCGCAUUCCCGUUCAUCUCGUUAUCGUUUUAUUCGUUUACUCGAUUUCACAACCCGCCUCUCGCUACCAUGGCCGACCAGCAGCAGCAACCUCCAAAGCGAGUCAAGGACUGGGUUUACAGAAGCACCCGGCGAAUGGUUGGUAAAGUGACCUCCUUUGUCUGCAACAACGACGGCAAGCAGAUCCUUCUGAGUCCUGCCUUCCGAGGUAUCGAGAGUCACAUUAAACUUUAUGCCGACGAUAUCGGCCCCCCUGGCUCCAUCCUACGUAAGAAACACACCACCGAUGCAGACGAUGGAGGCUGUUUGCCCUGUCUCUCCUGGACGGAUGCCAACCCGGCCAAUGUCAAGUCCUACGCUCUGCUCUGUGAGGAUCUUGACGCUACAUACCCCGACCACAUGAACCAUGGAAUCUUCUACAAUAUCCCACCUUCUCGCAGGAACAUUACUGUAAACGACGUCGAGAAACAGGCCGGUGCCAAUAAUCCUCGUCUCACUUCCACCUCCUGGAACUUCGUGACCACCCACGGCAACAACUCGUAUCUCGUGCCUGAUCCUCCUGCUAACGAAGCAACCCAUCGCUACGUCUUCACCAUUAUCUCUCUGGAUUUGGCGCCGCUCAGCUUUGCACGCCCCAAAAAAGUCACCAAGAAGGAGUUUCACAAGGCAAUCGAGGGCAAGGUAAUUAGUUGGGGACAGUGGAUUGGAUCGUUGGGUCCUUCCACUGACAAGAAUGCUACCGUUGAGGGUGCUAAUGGCCAGGCCUCUGCCGGUGGAACUACUGCUGAACAGGCUUCUGCCAGUGGUGAGGCUUCCACCGGUCAAAUUAAUAUCGAAGGAGGCGUGACUACGACUGCGACCUAGACUGCGUUCAAGGUCAGCCUGCACCGGAUGGCAAUUGAUCGCGCUGGGCACAUUCAGGACGAGUUCCACCGGUUUGCCAGAUACACGACUUCGAUUUGUUUUUAUACUGGGCAUUAGGUGGCAUUGUUUACUGAAAAGUUGGUGUUUGGUUUCUAUUUGAUAUUUGUACCUAAUAUGACG